CCGUAGCCUACACCGAUGUCAUGAACGCCUACCAUAUCGUUGGGUGGCAGUAUGACAACUGGACAUCCCUGCCACUCCGGAUGGAGACCGAUCUACUACGCUUCACGACGCUACGACGUCCAUCACAUAUCAUUGCUACCCGUACCUGUAUCUGGCGCUCACGACGGAUGCUUCUAAAAGCCACUCUCCGUCGUGGAAUGUUCCUCGCCUUCGCCCUUCGUUCUUCGGCCCUUCCUGAUCGAGCUCCCUUUACGAUUUUCGUGCGUCGUCUCUCCCUCAUCUGCCUUGCCAUGCACGCAACGGCUGCCCGACGACGUUUCGACAAGUCGCUGGACAUGGUCGCGGCGCGACCCGAGCUCUUUGUUGACCUUGUGUCAUCUCCGUCAAGCACGGACAAUGCCUGGAGCAUGCUGGAAUCCCCGAUCUUGGGACGGGACGUUGUGCAGGGCCCCCGCACCCCCUUUGAGCAAGCCGAACGUUCUCCGCUAGCGCUCGCACCG